AGUCUUUGCAACUGUAAAAUUAUUAGGAUGUAAAAAUUAAUUAAAAUAAAUAUUUUCUUUCAGUACUUUUUUCAUGAAUACUGAUCAAAACUAUCAAAUAGAAUUUUCCACUUCUUACUUUUGAGCUCCAAUAAGAUUAACUUCCGUCAAAGUUAUUAUGACGAGUUUUAUAGUUUUCAUUAAUUCACGUAGUUGCAAAUUACUUUUAGCUGUUCUCGUUUAUCGAUCAAGUUUGACAUGUGCGGUAA